ACACAUAUGAAAUUCAAAAGAAAAGUUGGUAAGAAAUCAAAAAUGAAAUGAGUGGUUAACAUUGGAGUAAAUAAUAGAACAUUUUAAAUCGACGUGACUCGUAGUGUUAUAUUGCCUCCAUUGCUUUGUUUGCUGGUUUCCAAGGCUAUAUCAUUUCCCCCUCCAUUGCCUAAUAUCAUCGGAUUUAUGUUGCAUGCAUGAGUGUGCUGCUAACAACUUAGAAAAAUGAGAGGAAACUCGCCGGGUUCUGUCGACACUAGACAUCGGUUAUCUGCAUCAAUUGAGGCCAUAUACAAAAGGCGGUUAAAUAGGAAUAAAGUGAAAGGUACUGGGAAGCCUUUCCACAUCUCAGUCCAAGAUCGAAACUCAUGCUGCAAAUACCCUCUUCUCAAACUUGUGUUGAUUGCCAUUGUUUGUGGCACUUUUGUAUCGCUUUUGUACUCUCCAGAGGCCUAUACAAGUGACCAUUUAUCGGCUGUGAAAUCCCGCCGAGAUUUUAUGAAGAGGUGGAUAUGGGGAGGAGCAGAUUCUCGAUAUGUAUCGGAUAUUGAUAUCGACUGGGAUGAUGUUAUGAAGGUUGUCGAGAUGAUGGGUGAACAGCAUGACUACCAGGGAAUCGGACUUUUGAAUUUCAAUACUACUGAAGUUACUCAUUGGAAGCACCUGAUACCUGAUGCAACACACAUUGUCCUGCAUUUGGACUAUGCUGACAUGAACGUAACUUGGGAUUCGUUAUAUCCGGAAUGGAUCGAUGAGGAGCAAGAAGAAAAGGUCCCUGUUUGUCCCUCUCUACCGAAGAUCGAAGUCCCUGGAAUACGUCUUGAUCUGGUUGCUGUCAAGCUGCCUUGUAGAAAUGAGGGGAAUUGGUCAAGGGAUGUUGCUAGGUUGCAUUUGCAGCUUGCAGCUGCUAGUCUUGCAACCUCGGCCAAGGGCUUUUAUCCGAUGCAUGUGCUUUUCAUUUCAAGGUGCUUUCCGAUUCCGAACAUGUUCACUUGCAAAGAACUCGUAGCACGCGAAAACAAUGUCUGGUUAUACAAACCAGACUUGAAUGUGUUGAGAGAAAAGCUCCAGUUCCCUCCAGGAUCUUGUGAACUUGCCCUUCCUUUUGAGGUCAAAGAGCCUAUAUAUUCAGGGAAUGCAUCUCGACAAGCUUAUGCAACGAUUCUUCAUUCGGCUCAUGUCUACGUAUGUGGAGCUAUAGCUGUUGCUCGAAGCAUUCGCUUGUCUGGCUCAACCCGUGACCUUGUGAUACUUGUGGAUGAGAUGAUCACUGCGUACCACAAGAGUGGACUUGAGGCAGCAGGAUGGAAAGUUAGGACAAUUCAAAGAAUCAGGAAUCCGAAAGCCGAAAAAGAUGCAUACAACGAAUGGAACUACAGCAAGUUCCGGUUAUGGCAACUGACCGAUUAUGACAAGAUCAUAUUCAUCGAUGCAGAUCUACUUAUACUGCGCAACAUUGAUUUCUUAUUCGCAAUGCCAGAGAUAUCAGCCACGGGAAAUAACGGCACACUGUUUAACUCGGGUGUCAUGGUCAUCGAGCCUUCAAAUUGCACCUUCCAGCUUUUGAUGGAACAUAUCGAUGUGUUCGAAUCAUACAACGGUGGGGAUCAGGGAUACUUAAACGAGAUUUUCACAUGGUGGCACCGGAUUCCACGGCACAUGAACUUCCUGAAGCAUUUCUGGAUAGGUGAUGAGGAAGAAGUGAAGCAAAAGAAGACUCGGCUAUUCGGAUCGGACCCGCCUAUACUUUACGUACUUCACUAUCUAGGUAUAAAGCCAUGGUUAUGCUUCAAGGACUAUGACUGCAACUGGAAUGUGGAUAUAAUGGUGGAGUUUGCCAGCGAUGUGGCGCAUGAAAGGUGGUGGAAAGUGCAUGACGCAAUGCCAGAAGAACUGCAAGAAUUCUGCAUGUUAAGGUCGAGGCAAAAGGCGCAACUGGAGUUCGAUAGAAGGCAAGCAGAGAAAGCAAAAUUCAGGGAUGGGCAUUGGAGAAUCAAAAUUGAAGAUAAGCGGUUAGAGAAGUGUAUCGACAACAGAUGUAAAUGGAAGGGUAUGUUGAAACAAUGGGGUAAAGGUAAUUGGACUAAUGAUGAAGCUUUUGUUCCAACACCUCCUGCAAUCAAUACCAAAUUUCUCUCUGGAUUCUGAGUUUCUUUGUUUGUUUCAGUUUUUCCAUUUUUUCAUUCAAAACUUCAAAGUUUUUUCUUGUAGAAGAUAAUAUAAGCUUCAAUUUUUUCCCAGAA